AUGAGCGAAGAAGCCGCAAUUCUUCUCUCGCAUCGGGCAAGAGCCCGAGGUCUAGCAAGAAUACAGGCAGAACAGCAGCGGCAGCAGCAACAGCAACAGGAGCGGGUGCAGAAGGAGAGACAUGACGCGGGACAUCAGGAAGCGCACCGGGAACAGCAGACGACCGUGGCGUCCGAAGCUGAAUCAAACGAUGCCAUUUUCGCCACCCAAUGGAGGCCGUCCAUCGCCCUGGGAUCUCCGCUCUGGCUCGCCGGGGAGGACCUCAGCGCGAUCGAGAUAGCCGACAGGAAGGUCACUCAAACCCGCCUGUGGCGUGACUACUACCGGGGGGCCCCAGACUUCGUCCGAACCCAUCAGGAGGCCCUCCGCGAGAGGGAGCAGCUGGACGAGACGGACGAAGCCAACAUCAAACCAAGGUCCGCCCUCAGUUCCACCCAGACCAGCGCCAUCCAGCAGCGUCUCCGCCAUCUCCGCGUCAUCUUGCAGGACAGCCACUUCCCCCCCGAGCGCGCCAACAUCGAAGCCGCCAUUGCCGGCUACGAGUCCGGUGCCAUCCCCUACUCGGACUCGUACACGCUAAUUUGGGCGGGCCGCAUCGCCGACCGCUGUCCAGACUUUGACUCCUUCACGGCCGACCGCAGGGAACGUCUGGCCCGCUACGAGGCCGAGUACGGCGCCGGCUGGUUGUGGUACGAGCCGCCUUUGUCCGGGGGCGGCGGCACCAUCCGGGGACCAACCAUCGUCCUCAAGCGGGCCAUCUGCCUCGAGAACAAGGCCGAAUGGCGCCGCGGAAGCGACAACAUGGGCCAUUACCGCGUGAGGAUGAGUUUCCGCCGGCGCAAGGAGAACGUAGCCGUGGCCGGCGCACCAUUAUCAUCAUCCCCCUUUUCUCAACGGCCGCUCCGCCCUCGCACCCCCAACACCACCAUAAAAUCCCGACGGCGCUCCACCACCACAACAACAUCAAAAACCACCAUCGUGCCGCAACCCAACACGAGCCGGCCAGGCACGACCGUUCCAGACCUGGACGGCCCGCGCAUCGUGUGGAACAUGCUCCUCGACUCGGGCGCGACGCUGCCCUGCCUCUUCGAAGGCGAUCUGCCGCGGCUGGGCAUCAACCGGCACACGUACGCGGCGCAGUCGAGCCGGACCAUCGCGACGGCCGAUUCCGUGAUCGAGUCGCGCGUGUACGAGCUGGACGUGGACGUCUGCGGCGGCGGUGCUGACGGUGACGGGGGGCGAGAAGAGGACGACAUUGUCCCGCCGCCAGGCGCGAAGGUCAACAAGAAACAACAUACCCAUGACGAAAACGAAAAAGAUGCGGAAUCCCUCAUCUGCACGAUCCCCGUCGUCUUCUUCCCCGGCUCGUCCGAUGAUUUUAUCAACGACCACCACACGCCGGACCGACUGAGCGGCAUCCUCCCCUUCCACCUCUGCUACCUCUCCAGCGCGCCAGGCAACUUCAAGCUCUGGAUGGGCGAGACAAAGGGCGACGUGGUCGGGGCGGGGAGGCUACCGGGUAUGAUGCGUUAUGGCGGCGUCAUCGGGGGAGCGAGGGAGACCGAGUCAAGGAACCCGCCGCUGCCGAGGACCACAAUGCCGAAGCUUGUCAUGCGACGGGCGAGCCGGAAUCCAAAGGCGCCCGAGCGCACCGUAUCUGAGCACGAAUUAGAACAGGACGCUGGGCGGAUACGUUGGUAUGGGGAUGUCGGGGACUGGAAACCCAUUGUGAGCGGCGUUGACCUUGACCAUCUCAAUGCCUCGGCUGAAGAUGUCGACGGGCUGCGUGCCAAACGCAAACGAGGGUCAGCCCACCAGAGCGCACAGCGAAGGGAAAGUGUGACAGAGCCAGCAAGGAAGAAGGUUGAGAGGGAGCUAAGGACAGAGGAAGAAGCUGGGAUGUAG